AAUAUGUCUCUUUCUUAAGAAUUUAUUAACAGAUAGUAGAAACUAAUAAUGGCAAAAAAAGAGUAGAGUACAACACUGAACCAGUAUUUGUCUGUAAGUCAUUCUGUAGCCGUUAUAAUCUGAUGAUGUUUCAGUUGGGGAUUAUUUUGGCUCCUUUUGCUGCUGAGAACAAUCAAAAAGGAAAUCAUCAAAUUUGGUAAUGCUAACUUUAAACGUCUACUCUUAAUUCCGCCAGGUUUUGAUCUAGCAAAUUAAAUAUUCCAUAAGCAAAUUUAGGUCUGGAUCAUAUACAUCAGUCAUAUCUUGGGUUCUAAGUGCUCAGUAUUUUCUGUAGGAGUCUUAUCCAUUCUUUACCUAGAUAGACCAUAGCUGCACAGGGAAACAGUCAUUUGCCCCUUCACUGAAGUCUUGUUUACCCUAAGCUGUCUUCCAUAUUUGACCCAGGGUUGCAAAGAUAUGGCCUCCAGUUACAAAACUAAUCUGUGGAAUGUCAUUUGCUGAGUAUAUGAGGCAUUUGAAGAUUAUCUUUACAUUCCAAUACCUUCAGUCUGCUUUGUUCAUGGAAUUUUACCUGAGAAAAGGGAAAGGCCAGUAACAGUCAUGCCUGAAAUGCAAUCUAACUAGGGAGAAGAAUGAAAGGUUUCUGGGCAGAGGUCAUAUGUAGACAACGCGUAAUACUGGAUCUGAAAAUGCUUGUGAAAAGACUUCAUUUAUGUUUCUGCGACAAGAGUUGCCUGUGAGAUUGGCAAACAUAAUGAAGGAAAUAAGUCUGCUUCCAGACAACCUACUAAGAACACCUUCAGUUCAGCUGGUGCAGAGUUGGUAUGUCCAAAGUCUUCAGGAGAUCCUUGACUUUAAGGACAAAAGCUCAGAAGAUUCAGGGGCUAUUCAUAGUUUUACAGAUACUGUGAUAAAAAUCCGCAAUCGGCACAAUGAUGUAAUUCCUACGAUGGCUCAAGGAGUAAUAGAGUACAAGGAAAGCUUUGGCAUUGAUCCAGUGACCUCACAGAAUGUGCAGUAUUUUUUAGACCGUUUCUACAUGAGUCGCAUUUCAAUUAGAAUGCUCCUUAAUCAACACUCUUUACUGUUUGGUGGGAAAAUUAAUCCAGCUCAUCCAAAACACAUUGGAAGCAUUGACCCUAGCUGCAGUGUUCUUGAAGUUAUUAGAGAUGGCUAUGAAAGUGCCAAGAGACUUUGUGAUUUAUAUUACAUGAGCUCUCCAGAACUCAUCCUCAAAGAGUUGAAUGCUAAAUCACCAGGACAGCCCAUGCAAGUCGUGUAUGUGCCCUCACAUCUCUAUCACAUGGUUUUUGAACUUUUCAAGAAUGCAAUGAGAGCCACCAUGGAACAUAAUGCUGACCGAUGCAUUUAUCCUCCAAUUCAUGUACACGUCACAUUGGGAAAUGAGGAUUUAACUGUGAAGAUGAGUGAUCGUGGUGGAGGUGUUCCUAUGAGGAAAAUUGACAGACUGUUCAACUACAUGUAUUCAACAGCACCACGUCCACGUGUUGAGACGUCACGAGCUACACCUUUGGCUGGAUUUGGUUAUGGCUUACCCAUAUCACGUCUGUACGCACAGUACUUCCAAGGAGACCUGAAACUGUAUUCCUUAGAAGGCUAUGGUACAGAUGCAGUUAUUUACAUAAAGGCCUUAUCAACAGAAUCAAUUGAAAGACUCCCUGUAUAUAACAAAGCAGCCUGGAAACAUUAUAAAGCAAACCAUGAAGCCGAUGACUGGUGUGUGCCAAGCAGUGAGCCAAAGGACAUGACCACUUUUCGCAGUAUAUAGCUUUUUCCUCAACCGUUCGUAAGAAGUAGGUAUGUCUGUAAAGGGAAUUUAAAAGACCUGAUUUACACCAGGAUGCUGAGCCACAUUUGAUGUGUGAAAGUAAUUUUAAGUGGAAUAACAGAAGGCUUAAUGCAAUUACUCUUUUCUGGAAUUAAAAAAACAAACAAAAACCACAAACCCCAAGAAAAUCCCCAAACCUGUACAUACUUCUACAUUUGAAGUGAGAAAGUCACAGUUAAUUUGUUUCACUUUCUAUUUAUGACUACUUUCAGUAGCUACGUCAAGGGAGCAGUGAUUUCGGGUUUUACAGGGACUAAUGUAAUUUGUAUUACGUCUGGUGAGAAAUGCAUUAAUUCAUAUAAUUACAAAAUUGUUUUAAUAGAAGAAUUAUUGAAAAAGCCCACCAGAGCAUUUUUUAAUUAUACAAAUUACAGAUUAAUGGAAAACUCAUGGAAGAAAUACUGAGGAGCUCAUUGCUAUACCUUUGCACCUGUAUGGCACUUUCUAUUCUUUUAUCUUAAGCAUGCUGAAGCCUAAUUUUGCAAAGUUAGAUAUGUUACCUACACACCUUGCCUACAUCAAUGUUUUCUGCAGCUGUAGAAAUCACACUUAGGUCUGUAAGGAUAAAAAAAUAAAUAAAUCAGUUCUAGCUGCUACCACUGGUAUAAUGUAUCUCAGGUAUGUGGUAUCAGUCAUACUUCUUUGGUUGCAAUGUGAAUAUUUAAUAUAUGUGAAAAAUCUAUCUUGCCAUGAUCAUUGUGAAUUAGCAAACAGUUUUGGCAUGUGUACAGUAAAAAUAUGCUGUCUUGCAUUUGCUUUUAUUUCUGUAAGUAAUACCAAAAUUCAGUAUCAAUGUUCUAGCCCUAGUAAGAUCUCAGACUCGGGUAUGUUAGGUUACAGCUGUAAAUGGAAACUAUUUUAAUGAACAGAUUUUUAAAAUUUGCCCUUAUUUGGGCAUCUAUUUCUUUGACAAGAGCAACUACUUUCUCAGGAGUAUUUCAGAAAAAGUUAAAUUAGCAGUUUUUGAAAAGGCUUUUGUAUUUGUGAUGUGCUUCUGGCCUCAUUUACGUAGUAAGUGGAAACUAGAACAUAAAUAAGGUAAGCAGAAUGUGUUUAAUCAAAGGCAAACUGUCAAAACAUUCUGGGAAAGAUAGAGAGUGGAAUGAGUAUUACAUUUCAGGUACAAAGUCCUUCUUUUAAUAAAGGAUUCAACUUCUUCUAA